AUGGACUCCGAUUCAGAUGCGAUCCUUUCCUCUGAUGCCGUGCAGAGUUGGAAUGUCACGGUGCGAAGCAAGCUGCGAUACAUCACCAUCAAUCGGCUCACCGAGGUGCUACGGCCAGAAGAUGAGGCUAUCAUCCACUUCGAGUUUGUGACGGUCAAUCCGGCGGACCAAUUGGUGAUCUAUGCCAUGAGCCCUGAGGGUUUCGACUUCACCACGGUUUUCUUGGAGUCUCCGGCAGAUGGCACAGACUCGGGAAACAAGCCUCCGAAUGUGGGUCGACGCCUGCUUUGGAAGGGAUUCACUGGUGGCAUCGUGGUCCAGGAUGGAUACAGGAAUGAGUGCACCCUCAGGGUCAGCUUUGACAAGAAUGAGUACGUGCGUUUCCAGCUGGGCGGCAUUCGGAUUCCCUGGAUCGGUGGCCAGGCGCUCUUCACCAUGCACACCAGUGUCAGAGGCUUUCGCCAGGAUGAGAUAGAGAUGUGUUGCUAUGAAGGGCAGCCAGUGGAAAAUCCGGCUGUGGUGUUCAAGGUGCCAUUUCGAUUGCAGGGCCUGAGGGCUGUACUCCAGAGCGAAUGGGAUCAAGAGGCUUUCAACUUUCCCAUUGCCUCGAGCAUGAAGACAAGGUUGGACGAACAGCACCUCGUCACCUUCACCUUCCAGCUCGCAGCUCCCAUCGAGCUAGCCCCGCCAGCCCGACGACUGGUCUUUGUCGUCCGGGCACCGGUCGGCCAAGAGGCCAAGAGGACUUUGGCCACUGCAAACAGCCACACUGCAAAUGAGUCGAAAGGCACAGAGCUUACGUCCAUUGGACGUCCAUUGGAUGACAAUGGCUUAGUCUGA